AUGUCUAGAUGCUUCGAGAUUAGCUGUUCAUUUUCAAAUGGGAGAGAACCGAAUUCUGUUGAUGAUGACUUAAAGAGCGCGGAGCAGCCUCUCCAAGAAAAACGCCGUGCGGAGUUGGCUGCUCGUAUUGCUUCAGGAGAAUACACGGUUGAGCGAUCUGGUUUUCCAUCACUGCUGAGGAGGGGUUUGUCGAAAUUGAGCAUACCUAGUGAGGUUCUUGAAUUUUUGUUUAAAUGGAUUGAUGCCGGUGAAGAUUACCCAAAGAUUCCGGAGGCAAAAGGAGCAAUAGAGGCAGUUCGGAGUGAGGCCUUUUUCAUCCCCCUUUAUGAGCUGUUCCUCACUUAUGGUGGAAUUUUUAGGUUGACGUUUGGUCCCAAGUCAUUUUUAAUAGUAUCUGAUCCUUCCAUUGCCAAACACAUAUUAAGGGGCAAUUCAAAGGCUUAUUCAAAGGGUAUCCUGGCGGAGAUCUUAGAAUUUGUAAUGGGUAAAGGACUUAUCCCAGCUGAUGGGGAGAUAUGGAAUAGAAGACGACGUGCUAUAGUUCCAGCAUUGCAUAAGAAGUAUGUAGCAGCAAUGAUUAGCUUGUUUGGACAAGCAACUGAACGGUUGUGCAAAAAGCUUGAUGCUGCUGCAUCUGAUGGGGAGGAUGUAGAUAUGGAAUCACUUUUCUCCCGUUUGACACUGGAUAUCAUCGGGAAAGCUGUAUUUAAUUAUGAUUUUGACUCUCUAACAAAUGACACUGGGAUGGUUGAGGCAGUGUACACUGUUCUACGAGAGGCAGAGGACCGAAGUGUUGCACCAAUUCCAUUUUGGGAAAUUCCCAUAUGGAAAGAUAUUUCACCGAAGCAAAAAAAGGUCACUGCAGCGCUCAAGCUGGUCAAUGAAAUCCUAGAUGAUUUAAUUGCAAUAUGUAAGAGGAUCGUUGAAGAAGAAGAGUUGCAAUUUCAUGAGGAAUACAUGAAUGAACAAGAUCCUAGUAUUCUCCAUUUUUUGUUGGCAUCAGGAGAUGAUGUCUCAAGCAAGCAACUCCGCGAUGAUCUGAUGACAAUGCUUAUAGCUGGACAUGAGACGUCUGCUGCAGUGCUGACAUGGACCUUUUAUCUUCUUUCCAAGGAACCAAGUGUCAUGGCCAAGCUUCAAAAUGAGGUUGAUGCAGUUCUAGGUGAUAGGUUCCCAACCAUUGAAGACAUGAAGAAACUUAAAUAUACAACUCGUGUAAUAAAUGAAUCAUUAAGACUCUAUCCACAACCACCUGUUUUGAUUCGCCGUUCUCUUGAAGAUGACAUGCUUGGGAAAUACCCAAUAAAAAGGUUAAAUCUGAAAACCAUUGCAAAUAGUUUGGACCUACAUGAAAGUUGGAUGGUGGGACACUUGAAAGAGUUGAAGUCUACGAGUAUUGUAGUGUGGCUCUUGGGUUUGGACCUACAUGAAAGUUGGAUGGUGGGACACUUGAAAGAGUUGAAGUCUACGAGUAUUGUAGUGUGGCUCUUGGGUGCAGUGCACUUAGCAAAAGUAAGUGCGUUAGCCUUUAAGAGUGGUGGUUCAAACAUGAGCGGGAGUUGA